UCUCCACUCAAAGCUUCUAAAGCACAACGCCAAAAACCAAACGCAAACGCAAAGCAUUAUUUGUUUUGUCAUCCUUCGUGAGAAUCAAUCCCUCAAGAGCUAGCAAGCUAGAGAGAGAGAAAAUGCCAGGCGACAGGAACAUAGGUGUGGCCAUGGACUUCUCGCCCAGCAGCAAGAAGGCUCUCAAGUGGGCUAUCGAUAACUUGGCAGAUAGAGGAGACAGUCUGUAUAUCAUCCAUAUCAAUCCCAACUCUCUCGAUGAGUCUCGUAAUCAACUCUGGGCCAAGUCUGGUUCUCCUCUUAUUCCUCUGGCUCAGUUCAGAGAACCAGAAGUUAUGAAAAGUUACGAUGUGAAGAUCGAUAUCGAAGUUCUUGACAUGCUCGACACUAUUUCUAGACAGAAAGAGGUGAAGGUUAUUACAAAACUGUAUUGGGGAGGAGACGCAAGAGAGAAACUCCUCGAUGCUAUCGAAGAUCUGAAGCUGGACUCUCUGGUAAUGGGAAGCAGAGGACUUGGCACUGUCCGAAGGAUACUUCUGGGAAGUGUGAGCACAUAUGUGAUGACACAUGCGCCAUGCCCAGUGACCAUUGUGAAGGAGGAGAAGUGAAGAAUUGGGUUUGUUGUUACUUAUGAAUUGGGCUCUGUGCUGUUUGGUCGAUGCCUAACGCUGAAUGCUGAUGGUGGAUUUUUGUGCUGUGUUAAUUUAGUUGCUUGUUUUAUUUUAUAAACAAGGUAUUUAGCAGCGGCCCCUGCGCGCGGCGCUCGGUCCUCAGCUUUUCAUUUAAUAAAAUAAAAUAUACUCUGUUUGUUUGUUUUU